CUAGUCAGAGCUCUGACGUUUACGUUGCCGGUAACGUGUGUGUGUGCGGCGAGGCUAGUUUCUUUACUUGGGGUUAUCGCACACCUCCGGGGCCUGAAACUCCUAUUACUGUAGUGGCGGAUUCUAUACUCUGCUUCUCUCCCCCGCACACCCCUAACAGGCCCAUCCAGGUGUCAUUGGUAUCUCCCGGCCUCACCUCCUGUACUGUAACCGUUAACGUAUCUAACCUCCUGGCCCUAAAUUCUCAGCUGCUCUGCUUUAUAAAACUUUGGAGACAGGAUGGCCUCUCAAUCUGUGAAAGAUCUGGAGGGAAACUGUGUGCUUUGCUGCCAAGUCCUGGAGGUAUUUGCUUUGGGAAAAUGUGACCAUCCAAUCUGCUACCGAUGCUCCACAAAGAUGCGUGUCCUGUGUGAGCAACGGUACUGUGCCGUGUGCCGAGUAGAACUGGAUAAGGUCGUCUUUGUAAGAAAAAUGGUUCCAUUCUCAAGCAUCGCCACACAACAACUGCAGCAUGAAAAGAAAUAUGAUAUCUUCUUUAGUGAUGGAAAAAUAUUUUCUCAGUACAGGCGUUUACUACAACACGAAUGCACAUGCUGUCCUGAGGUGCGACCCUUUUAUACCUUUCCAGAUCUGGAGCAGCACAUGAGGAAACAGCAUGAGCUAUUCUGCUGUAAACUGUGUGUCAAGCACUUAAAGAACUUUACCUAUGAACGGAAGUGGUACAGCCGAAGAGACCUCGCUCGCCAUCGCAUACACGGCGACCCAGAAGACACAUCCCACCGCGGACAUCCGCUUUGCAAGUUUUGUGAUGAACGUUACCUCGAUAAUGAUGAGCUGCUGAAACACCUACGCAGAGACCACUACUUCUGCCACUUCUGUGAUUCUGAUGGGGCUCAGGAAUAUUACAGUGAUUAUCCCUUCCUACGAGAUCAUUUCCGCGAAAGCCAUUUCCUUUGUGAGGAGGGGAGAUGUAGCACGGAACAGUUUACACAUGCUUUUCGGACUGAAAUCGAUUACAAAGCACACAAGACCACUUGCCACAGCAAGAAUCGAGCUGAAGCAAGGCAGAACCGUCAGAUUGACAUUCAGAUCAAUUAUGCACCACGUCACAGCCGCAGGAAUGAAGGGAUUCUUGGAGGAGAAGACUAUGAAGAAGUUGAUAGAUAUAACAGACAGGCAAGACCAUCAAGGGGGGCAGCUCACGGAGGGCAGCAGAACAAGAGGGGAAGCUGGAGAUAUAAACGAGAGGAGGAAGACCGAGAGGUAGCAGCUGCAGUACGGGCAUCCGUAGCGGCCAGAAGGCAAGAAGAGAUGGUUAGGAAACCUUUGCAAGAUAACCUAGAAAAUUCAAAAUCUAGGAAGGAAGAAACACGGGAUCCUGAGGAAAGUCGAAAACCCAAAACUGUCCUCAAAUCAACAGGAGAUUCUAUGGGUCCAAGAGAAUCCACUGAUCAGUUGAAUGCAUCUAAUGGAAUUAUGAAUCCUUCAUUUGGAUCUGUACCAGCAGCAGCACCACUAACAAGUGCUGUGAAGACAGCAGCUCCUGUUAAGUUGAAGGAUGAAGAUUUCCCAAGCCUUUCUGCUGUUUCUUCAGCCUCUUCUUCCAGUUCUUCAACUGUGUUCACCACAGGGCUUCCCUACUCAUCUGCAAGGUCCUCCAAUAAAUUUCAGGAGGAGGAUUUCCCAGCCCUGGUUUCCAAAAUCCAAUCAAACAAACCCAUGUCAGCUGUAACGUCUGCAUGGGCCACUAGUGCUUCCAAAAGCACAGCUAAAACACAAGCUCCUAGUGUAUCUACUCCUAUCAAAGGGUUGAAGAAUUCUGCAGCCCAAGGCAUUGGGAAAGGCUUUAAAAAAACGACUUCCAAACCUUCCUUUUCUGAUGAGGACGACGACCAAAACGGAAUCACUGCACAGGAAUUCCGUAAUGCCCCCACCAUGAUUGAUAUAUCCAAACUGUUGACCUCAGCACCUCCUCAGACCAGUGGAAAGAUUAGCAAAAAGAAGAGGGUUGGUUCAGAGAAGCAGGUCUCUGCUCCUACUACCCAACCUUUGGAAAACAAGCCUGCUGACUCCUCUCAUAAAGAAAAUGCAACAGAGGUUGAGCGCACUCCAACACCACCUGCCAACUCUAUUCUUAGUGACAAAUCUAACACUGUGGUAAACGGUCCUAUGGAGAAGAAAGUAUUAGAAAAAAGCAGUACCUCUAAAGAUCCCCCAGGGUUUAAAAAGCCUGCAAUAUCUCCACCUCAGUUCCCCUUACCAGAAGAAGACUUCCCAGCCUUGGUGAAUAGCAAAGUCCUACGGAAGCCACCCCCAGGGUUCUGUCCAGUAGUGGCGGUACCAGUGCUGACACCACCCCCAGGGUUGGCGACAUCCAUUGGAAUGCCUCCUCCUGGCUUUAGUAAUAUCUCCCCUGUAGUCCUUCCUGUUGAGCCACCGCCCAAACCUGUGAAAGAGACACCUUUCUGCACAAGGACAUAUCUUGUACCUGAUGAUUUUCAGCAAAGGAACAUUCACCUGAUAAACUCAAUAAAAGAUUUCUUACACAGCGAUGAGUCAGAGUUCAAUGAAUUUAAAUCUCACUCUGGAAAAUUUAGACAGGGGCUGAUAUCCGCAACAGAGUAUUACAAAAGUUGCAGACAGUUGCUUGGGGACAACUUCAAAACCAUCUUCAAUGAACUACUGGUGCUUCUCCCAGACACGUCCAAACAACAAGAGCUGCUGUCCGCACACCAACAUUUCUGUGCUGAAGAAAAACAAACUUCCAAUAAAUCCAAAAAGAACAAAAAAGGUGCAUGGAAAACAGACUCAAACUCUCUUGAUCUGAACUACUACACCUGCCCUAGCUGCAGCCAGGUUUUGUCCCCCAGGGACGUUACAGCACAUAAAACAUUGCACCUAGAAGACGACGAUUUCCCGUCGCUGCAGUCACUUAGCAGGAUUAUCAGUUAGCUCCCCUGGUUUAUUAUUAGUAUCAGUUUGCACUUUGUAGGAAGAGUUUAAAUAUUCCAGUUAUGUCAGUUGUAAGCGCUUAUGUGAGCAAACCGGUUGUUUGCUAGAUGGUUGUAGGGAAGCAAAAUUAUAACAGAAUACAAUGUGGGCAGAGGCCAAACAGGAGGACAAAACCUCCUUUGUGUGUAAGAGUCUGUACAUUUGUAAAAAGAAAAAGUGCCAUGCUGGUGUCACUUACAGCUUGCUGUGCAAGUCUUCGUAUCGGGCUCCUGGCCUUGGCACUCGAACCAGUACAGUAUGGUAAAGGCUUUAAUAUUAUAAUUUAAAAUAUCUGUUUUGUAUAACUAAUGUGGACAAUUACAACAUUUUAUUUAGAUAAACCAAGCGCAAAAGCAUGUUCCAAAUUUUGCCUGUCAUUCAAACUACAAGAAAAUCAGCAAGGGCUGGCGUAAAAUCAGAACGUUUCAACCCUGUUUUUUUUUUUUUAAUUGUAUAAAUAUGAGCAACUUUUUGCUUUUUCAGUAUACCCUGACAAAAUUUGCUGCCAGUUGAGAUGAUCUGUUAUAGCCCUAUGGUCACUAUGUCUUAGCUACAUAUCAUAUUAUUUCCACUGUUUUAAAUAAUUACAAUUAUCUACAUUCAGGGAAACUAUAUUAGUAAGAUAGGUAUAGAUAGAUGUGUGUGUGUGUGUAUAUAU